UUCAAAGAAGUAUUGUGUUGACAAGGAAGCUUUCUUGAUUUCCGAUCAAGAUGCCAGAAAAAAGACAAGAAUAUUGGAUAGCAGAAAGUAUUAAAGAAGUAUCGUUCGAGGAAAAAUAUGAAAUUCUGACAGAAUUGGGGGAAGGAGCUACUUCUGUAGUGCACAAGUGUAUUGAUAAAGGAACAAGUAAGGCAUGGGCUGUCAAAAUCAUAAACAAACGGGUUGACUUCAAAGUGAUCAAUACAGAAAUUGGUGUUUUGUUGAAAUUAAAUCAUCCAAAUGUGAUAAGACUUAAAGAAAUAUUUGAAACACCGCAGCACAUUUAUCUGGUGUUAGAGUUAGUGACAGGAGGUGAACUUUUUGAAAGGAUAGUGACACGAGGUAAUUACUCUGAGAAAGAUGCAGCUGCCGCUGUAAAACAGACACUUAUUGCUGUUGAGUAUCUUCAUCAGAAUGGAGUGGUGCACAGAGAUUUAAAGCCUGAAAAUUUAUUAUAUGAAGAUCUCACAGAAGAUUCAGCUCUGAAAAUUGCUGACUUUGGAUUAUCUAAAAUAUUGGACCAUGAAGUACAGAUGAAUACAGUUUGUGGAACACCAGGUUACGGUGCACCAGAAUUACUAACAGGAAAGAUAUAUACACCGGCAGUAGAUAUUUGGAGUUGUGGAGUUAUUAUCUAUAUUUUGUUAUGUGGUUGUAGACCAUUUUAUGGAGAAUCGGACAGAGAAAUAUAUAAAAGAAUACUGAAAGGAGAAUACCAUUUUUAUUCACCAUUCUGGGACAGUAUUUCAUGGAAUGCUAAGGAUUUAAUAAACAAAAUGCUACAACUUGAUCCUACAAAAAGGAUAACAGCAGAUCAAGCAUUACAACAUCCAUGGGUCAAAGGGUCAGCAGCCAAGAAUGAACAUAUGGCAGAAGCUCAGAAUAAGAUAAAAGAAUUCAAUGCAGCUAGCAAGAUGAGGGCAACAAUGGAUGCAACGUUAUUAGCUGCUCGUGUCGGACGUGUACAAGAUCUCCUUGGUUCAAUCAGUGAUGUCUGACUUUUCCCUUUGUCAGAAGAUAGAAUUUAAAAAAAAACUUAAUAUAUAUUUUCAAGAAGCUGUUCGUAAGUUCUGUCCAUUUGUACUGAUUGACUGCUAUCCACAGUCACAAACGUCAGUAAAGUUAUUAUUACUUAAAUUAAAUGACAUGUCAUGAUGUUCUAGUAUGGGUACAUGAUUGCAAUAUGAAUGGAAAGGAAUUUCAGGAAAAUGUCUUAAUCAUGGCAAGUUUAUUCUGCACUAUUUCCUUAAUGGUUUCAAGAUGUAUAACUUCAGUAACCACUUUGGUUGAACAUGUUGUUUGUAACUUGCAAAUGACAUUCAUUUUUGUCUUCUUUGACUUGCAUUGUCAUAUCUCCUUUGGAGUGAUUAUUGCUGAAGCAUUUUUCUAUACUGAGUGCCUUCGUUUCAAAAGAAAUAUCUGCUAAGAAUUAUUUGCAAAUAAACGUUUUUUUUUUAAAUUUUAAAUCAAUGGUAGGUCCAGAAUAUUUAUUGGAUGUUGUCAAUACUGUCAACUGAAUAAGGAAUUUUUAUGAGAAAAUAACCAUAUUGUUUUUUUGUUUUUGGGGAUGCCCUUAAUGGGGUAAAUGUUUGUUGUAACUACUGCACAUUUACUCGAGAAUAAAAAAAAAUAUGUGAGAUGUUUUUAAACGACACUGUGUCAUCUGGAAGUCCAAGACUGACAGUUCAAAGUAAUGAUGGUGAAUCAUUUAUAGAUAGGCACUUGCGUGUUAUAUAAGUUAUGUUUAUACAUAGUUUAAUUUCCAUUACACUCAGUAGUCAUUAUUUUAGGAUUUUCCCAGGAUGUUUUGUUCCCUUUACUAUUGAGAAGAGCCAAUUGUAUUAUCAUUUCUUAAUCAGCUACAUGUGAAGUGCACCAGAUGUUUUUAGCAGGGGGUUUAAUUACAUCAGUUCCAUUACAAAUAUACAGUCUUGUUAAUUACUGACCACUUGUCGUAUUUGGCUUUCCUUUGUCCUUUGUUUGUUUGCACAUAAUCUUUUUUUAAACUCCUAUUUAUGAAUGUCCCACUAAGAAGUUGUAUAUUGAAAACCAGUACAUGCUGCCUUUAGUGUCCAGCUUUUUCAAUGCAGAUCUAGAUUAAGCAGUUAAAAGAAUAAUGUUGCUCAAAAAGUGGCUUAGCUAAAAACUUGCCACUCACCAACCCCAACCUUAUACCUUCAAUAUUGCCGUGACAGGGGCAUCAAUCUCAGCACAGUUUAUAUAAAAAAAAUUUGAAAUUUUCUGUAUAUGUAUAUCAUGUAUAUGUUAUACAAAUUGCUUAAAAUUCAUUCCAACACAAAUUCAUAUCAGUAGAACUUAGAUACAGCGGUGCAAUAAUUAACCAUUUAGGAGAUAAAUUGGAUUGGUGUGAUUUCAAGCCAGGGGCCUAUACUUUGCUACUUUUCAGUACGCACAUAGGCUGCUGGUUUAGGCAGUGAUCAGAUAAAUAACCUCAUCAUCUCAGGGAAGUCCAUCAUGUCUGGACAUUUAUGAAAUUUUAUUACUGGUUGUUUCAAAAAUUUCACUCAUCCCCCAAGAAUUUCUGGGGAUAAAGUGUCAAAUUUCAUACAAAUUCAUUCAAAUACUAAUUCAAUUUUGUUCAUUGGGUACACAUUUCGGCAAGUUGAAAUUAAGGACAGAGAGUUACUCAGGCAGGUUUUUAAUGUAACAAGGAGGUAAUUGUUUUCCUGGAUGUUUACUCAUGCGUUAUAUACUUUUCAUUAUUACAAAAAACACAUCAACUGUCCAAAGAAGAAAUACGUACAGUAUUAACAACAGACACUCAAACAUUUGUACAACAGACACUCAAACAUUUGUACAACAGACACUCAAACAUUUGUACAACAUUACAACAAAUUAUAAAUAAACCUCUAGUUUAUUUACAAUCAAAGAAUCGGUACUCUAGUCAAACAUGGAAUAAAUGGUAGUUAACAUAAUCAGGACAAUUUCUGAGGACUUUGUAUAAAUGACUGUUUCAUUAUUGUAUAUUACAAACUGUUCAGUGAUAUUUGUACAUAUGUACCUUUACAUAGUUUUAAACAAUAAUUAAUGUUAAAUAUUUAGUAUCAUUUAUUUUGUAUAGAAUAUGUUUUACUUCUGUGAUAGUUUUUGAUAUAUUUUUUCUUCCUUUUUUUAAACGUUCCAAGGAGACGGAUUAAUAUAAGCACUUGUUGCUUGUUUUUGAAUCGUAUUUGUGAAUGUUAAUUCAUAUUGUAAUUUGUAUAAUUCACAAUAAAAUAUUGUUUACACUAAACAUUCCGAUUUUGCAUUUUAUUUACAGUGCAUAUACAAGAAGAUUAAAAUGUGAUAUUUUAUUUAAAUAAAUAUUUGUUAUCUA